AAUGAAUGAAAAUUACAAAAUUAUGGGACUGUUUGCAUUGUCCCCUGCCAAGUGACCAUCCUUCUCCGAUCACUUAAAAAAUUGGUCGUGAGCAAUCGGACGGAGUGUUUGUUUCGCGUAGCCUAGUGUUGCUUGUGAUGUUUGCGUUUACGCCUCCCCAGACGAUACAGAAACCGCCUAUCCCCGUCCAAUUCACUACCCGCCGGAAGCCGCUCCUCUGCUCGCUCACCGUUAACCCCUCCACCCUCACCGGUGCUGCAGCCUCAACGUCCAACAACAACCGACUAAUCCAAAAGCUAUGCCGGCAGGGCGACCUCAAACAGGCACUCCACGUCCUCUCCCGGGAGCCCGACCCGACACAGCUGACAUACGAGCUCUUAAUACUAUCCUGCUCCCGCCAAAACUCCCUCUCCGACGGCCGCGUCGUCCACCGCCACCUCUUCGAUAAUGGGUUCGGCCAAGAUCCCUUCUUGGCUACCAAACUCAUCAAUAUGUACUCCGAGCUGGAUGCUGUGGAGAGUGCACGCGACGUGUUCGACAAAAUUCGCGAAAGAACUAUCUUUGUCUGGAACUCCUUGUUUCGGGCCCUCUCUUUGGCGGGUCGGGGAGAGGAGGUAAUGGAUUUAUAUCGGAGGAUGAACCGCACCAAUAUACCUUCGGAUAGGUUCACGUACACUUAUGUAUUGAAAGCUUGUGUUGUUUCUGAGAGCAUGAUUUCCCUUUUGAAAAAGGGGAGGGAGAUUCACGCCCAUAUCUUGAGGCAUGGAUACGAGGGGCAUGUGCACAUCAUGACCACUAUGAUGGACAUGUAUGCAAGGUUUGGGUGUGUGGAGAGGGCGAGUUACGUAUUCGAGGAAAUGCCUGUUAAGAAUGUUGUAUCUUGGAGCGCUAUGAUUGCUUGCUAUUCCAAAAAUGGGAUGCCCUUUGAAGCAUUGGAGCUCUUCCGUGAGAUGAUGCAUUACCCAGCUGAUUUGGUACCAAACUCUGUGACCAUGGUCAGUGUUCUUCAAGCCUGCGCAGCCCUUGCUGCUCUACAACAGGGAAGAAUAGUGCAUGGGUUUGUUCUGAGGAGGGGUCUCAAUUCGAUCCUGCCUGUUAUUAGUGCGCUUGUAACUAUGUAUGCCCGCUGUGGAAAGCUGGGGUUGGCACAGUUAGUAUUCGAUCGGAUGGAGGAGAGGGAUGUUAUUUCGUGGAAUUCGCUGAUAUCCAGUUAUGGGGUUCACGGAUUCGGAGAGGAGGCCAUCCGAAUUUUUAAACAGAUGACCCUUAAUGGAAUCUCACCGAGUCCUGUCUCGUUUGUUAGUGUUUUGGGAGCUUGCAGUCACGCAGGUCUGGUCGAGGAAGGGAAGCAGCUGUUUAAAUCGAUGGUCGAGGUACACGGGAUUCGGCCCACUGUGGAGCAUUAUGCUUGUAUGGUGGACCUUCUCGGGCGUGCAAAUAGGUUAGAUGAAGCAGCGAAGCUUAUAGAAGAGAUGCGAACAGAGCCUGGCCCCAAAGUUUGGGGCUCUCUGCUUGGGUCCUGCAGGAUCCACUGCAACGUUGAGCUUGCUGAGAGAGCAAGCUCGAGGCUUUUUGAGCUCGAACCGAGAAAUGCUGGGAAUUACGUGCUCUUAGCGGAUAUAUAUGCAGGAGCCAAGCUGUGGGAGGAGUUGAAGAGAGUGAAGAAGCUUUUAGAGGCUCGUGGGCUACAGAAAGUCCCGGGGCGCAGCUGGAUUGAAGUGAAGAGGAAGAUCUAUUCCUUUGUCUCGGUUGAUGAUGAGCUAAACCCACAGAUUGAACAGCUCCAUGCUCUGUUGCAGAAACUGUCCAUGGAGAUGAAGGAGUCAGGAUAUGUUCCUCAGACCAAGAUCGUCCUCUACGAUCUUGAUACAAAAGAGAAAGAGCGGAUUUUGUUAGGCCACAGCGAGAAACGAGCAGUUGCUUUUGGACUCAUAAAUAGCAGAAAGGGAGAACCAAUUCGGAUCACCAAGAACUUGAGGCUAUGUGAAGACUGUCACUCAGUCACAAAAUUCAUCUCCAAGUUUACAAACCGGGAGAUCCUUGUGCGAGAUGUGAAUCGGUUCCACCAUUUCCGGGAUGGUGUCUGCUCUUGCGGGGAUUAUUGGUAGUUGGGUUGUCUCACGGAUCUAGUGUAAAUCACUGCUGCUUUUCUUGGAGUAUGCUGCAAACUCCCUGCAGCUCUGCAGAAUCUCAACAUCUGUUCGAACUGUCUGGGCUCAACUAUUUGGUCCAUGCAAGAUGACAGUUUGCGCAUUCUCUUGAGAUGGCGGAGAGGGAGACCACAUGUAUAGACAGUUCAGAUGACAGGUUUUCUCAUCUGACUGAUAAAUAAUCGCGUCAACCUCGGCUACUCUUAUGAGCAGUAAACUGUUUUAUUGUUAUACACACGUGGAUGUUGGACGGAGCCAAUGCUUGUUGUAUGAAAUGACAGAGCAUAAUGGCUUCGUGGAUCAUUUGGGAUUGGCUUAUGUAAUGUUUAUGAUUCUUGUCUACUUCCCAUGCCAGCUCUUUAUACU